UUAGUAACAAGUCCUUCCUCUGCUCCGCGGUCUUACCAUCAUCCCCGCGUCUCCGUCUCCCGAGAUCUAGGGUUCCAUCCUUGGCAUCCGGACAUGGAUUCCGCCUCUACUGGCCGCUUCACACUUGGUAGGCAGUCAUCCCUUGCUCCCGACCACGCCGAUGACCACUCCGCCGCCGCCGACGAGGUCCCGCCCGAGAUCAACGCCAACAUCCGCCUCAUGUACCUUUCUAACGAGGGCAAUCUCGAAGGCAUCAUCGACCUCUUGGACUCCGGGGUCGAUGUGAACUUCCAGGACAUCGAUGGUCGUACGGCGCUGCACGUUGCUGCUUGCCAGGGCCUCGCCGAUGUCGUCGAGCUGCUGUUGAAAAGUGGCGCCAAGGUUGACCCAGAGGACCGCUGGGGAAGCACACCUCUUGCAGAUGCAAUACACUAUAAACAACAUGAUGUCAUCAAGAUUUUGGAGAAAAAUGGUGCCAGAAUUAAGAUUGCUCCAAUGCAUGUUAAGAAUGCCCGUGAAGUUCCAGAAUAUGAGAUAGAUGCAAAAGAGCUUGAUUUAACCAAUAGUGUUGGUAUAACUAAGGGAACAUUUCGGAUGGCAACAUGGCGUGGUAUUCAAGUUGCUGUUAAAACACUCAGUGAAGAGCUUUUAACCAAGGAGGAUAAAGUAAGGGCAUUCAGAGAUGAGCUUGCAUUGCUCCAGCAAAUACGGCAUCCUAAUGUUGUUCAAUUUUUGGGUGCGGUCACCCAAAGUAGUCCGAUGAUGAUUGUUACAGAAUAUUUGCCCAAGGGUGAUCUUCGUGAUUUCUUAAGAAGGAAGGGUGCGUUGAAGCCAGAUAUAGCAGUUAAAUUUGCUCUUGAUAUUGCCAGAGGAAUGAAUUAUUUGCACGAGCAUAAACCGGAACCUAUCAUUCACCGUGAUCUAGAGCCUUCGAAUAUAUUGCGGGAUGAUUCUGGACAUUUGAAAGUUGCAGACUUUGGAGUUAGUAAAUUGCUGACAGUAGUUGAUACUGUUGGGGAGGAUAGAGCACUUAUGGGUCAAGACAGUGCCUGCAGGUAUGUAGCUCCAGAAGUUUUUCACAAUAGAGAAUAUGACAUAAAAGUGGAUGUGUUCUCAUUUGCAUUGAUUUUGCAAGAGAUGAUUGAGGGGCACCCGCCUUUUGCUGACAAACAAGACAAUGAAAUACCAAAAGCAUAUGCUUCGAAAGAGAGACCACCUUUUCAAGCUUCAGCUAAAUUCUACUCCUAUGGAUUGAAAGAGUUGAUUGAAGAAAGCUGGAGUGAAAACCCUGCUGAGAGACCAACUUUCAGAGAAAUAAUAGACAGGCUGACUUGUGUUCAAAAGCGGAUUGCUCAUAAGAAGCGAUGGACGAUUAGACCUCAUAAAUGGUUUCAGAACAUAGAGAACUUGUGGAAGAAAGAUCAAACUAAUCCUAGCAGCCUUUCAUCCUCGUCAUCUCGUUUUUGAUCAAUGAUUCAAAUUGCUGGCAUGCUAUAUAUGGAUUUCAGAAUGGACAAACUGUUCCAGCUAUUUCCAUUUUGUAGUGCUGUUCCUCCGCAAGUUGUCGUUCUGGUUCAUGGUUUCAAAUUAGAGUGGUUUGUACAGGUUCCUUAUUUCUCUUAAUAUUGUUGCUGGCACAAAAAUUAUUAUUUGUUGCAGUGGUGGAUUCAAUUUUUCCGCUCUUAAAUAAGUUGCUUGUCUGAAACAAGACGUGCUGAAAAGGCCGAACAUUUUGUUUUUCAGAGGAUUUAUGUGUGGUUUUGUAGGCCUUUUUAACACGUCUGGUAAUGUAGAAUGACAUGUAAUUUGACAAACUCUGGUUUAUCCAGACAUUUGGUUAAAGUGUUAAGUUAUUCUUGUUACUGUA